AUGGCGGGCCGGAAGUAGGCUUCUUGCGUUUCUUGGCGCAGGCGCAUGGGGAGGUAGGAGUCAGCUGAUCAGUGACAGACGGUGCAUCUGCAGUAGGAGGUGAAGCUUCUCCGGGGCCCGACCUGUCACACGGAACAGCGGAGAUUGUGCACUGCAGGUUACAGCCCGGAAUUCUCCAGCACUGAGACCCGAGCUCCCAGCACCAGAGACGCACUGACUGUACCAGAGACUUCAUAUCUGACACAAUGGAUUUCUCCAAACUGCCAAAAAUCCGUGAUGAGGAGAGAGAGAGUCAGUUUGGCUACGUACAUGGCGUCUCAGGACCUGUGGUCACCGCAUCCAGUAUGGCGGGAGCAGCCAUGUACGAGCUGGUCCGUGUGGGGCACAGUGAGCUGGUGGGGGAGAUCAUUCGUUUAGAAGGAGACAUGGCCACUAUCCAAGUAUAUGAGGAGACCUCUGGGGUAUGUGUUGGAGACCCUGUGCUCCGUACUGGAAAGCCCUUAUCCGUGGAGCUCGGUCCGGGAAUCAUGGGCUCCAUUUUUGAUGGUAUCCAGAGACCCCUGAAAGACAUCAGCGACACCACCCAAAGUAUCUAUAUCCCCAGGGGUAUCAACGUGUCUGCCCUGAGCAAAGACAUCAAGUGGGAGUUCAACCCUUCCAAAAGUAUCCGGGUUGGCAGUCACGUUACUGGCGGGGAUAUUUAUGGAAUGGUGAUGGAGAAUUCCCUCAUUAGACAUAAACUCAUGCUGCCUCCUCGCAACCGCGGCACAGUCACCUACGUGGCACCCCCUGGACACUAUGACACGUCGGAUGUGGUGUUGGAGCUGGAGUUUGAAGGGGUGAAGGACAAGUUCACAAUGGUGCAGGUGUGGCCUGUGAGAUCCAUCCGUCCAGUCACAGAGAAGCUGCCCGCAAACCAUCCCUUGCUGACUGGGCAAAGAGUGCUCGAUGCUCUGUUCCCGUGUGUACAGGGAGGAACCACUGCGAUCCCAGGGGCCUUCGGUUGUGGUAAAACUGUCAUCUCCCAGUCCCUGUCCAAAUAUUCCAACAGUGAUGUUAUUAUCUAUGUAGGAUGCGGCGAGAGAGGAAACGAGAUGUCUGAAGUACUGAGGGAUUUCCCUGAGCUGACAAUGGAAGUGGAUGGAAAAGUGGAGAGUAUCAUGAAAAGAACUGCACUGGUAGCCAACACCUCCAACAUGCCUGUGGCAGCCAGAGAGGCCUCUAUAUACACAGGGAUCACCUUGUCUGAGUAUUUCCGAGACAUGGGCUACCACGUCAGUAUGAUGGCCGAUUCCACAUCUCGAUGGGCAGAGGCUCUCCGAGAAAUCUCAGGGCGUCUGGCUGAAAUGCCCGCUGACAGUGGUUAUCCUGCCUACCUGGGAGCCCGCUUGGCCUCUUUCUAUGAGCGUGCUGGCCGAGUAAAGUGUCUGGGGAACCCUGAAAGAGAAGGAAGCGUCAGCAUUGUUGGAGCUGUUUCUCCUCCCGGUGGGGAUUUCUCCGACCCCGUCACUUCAGCGACUCUGGGCAUCGUUCAGGUAUUUUGGGGGCUGGACAAGAAGCUGGCCCAGAGGAAGCACUUCCCGUCUGUUAAUUGGCUGAUCAGCUACAGUAAGUACACACGGGCUCUGGAUGAAUACUACGAUAAACACUUCCCCGAGUUUGUCCCACUCAGGACCAAGGCUAAAGAGAUUCUGCAGGAGGAAGAGGAUUUGGCAGAAAUUGUACAGCUGGUGGGAAAGGCAUCCUUGGCAGAGUCUGAUAAAAUUACCCUGGAAGUGGCCAAGCUCCUUAAGGACGAUUUCUUGCAGCAGAAUGGAUACACCCCAUACGACAGGUUCUGUCCAUUCUACAAAACCGUGGGCAUUCUGUACAACAUGAUUGCUUUCUAUGACAUGGCUCGUCGUGCUGUGGACACCACCGCUCAGAGUGAUAACAGGAUCACAUGGUCGAUCAUCAGGGAACACAUGGGAGAGAUCCUCUACAGACUGACCUCCAUGAAAUUUAAGGACCCAGUAAAGGAAGGAGAAGCCAAGAUCAAGGCAGACUAUGCCCAGCUCCUGGAGGACAUGCAGAAUGCCUUCCGCAGCCUGGAAGAUUAAAAGUUGCAGUUCUUUCCACUUCUCUGCCAUUUCAUCAUCUCAGACCUUCCUCCCUUGUGCCUGACGGGGCUCCUCUAUAUUUACAGAAAGAGAUCUCUUGUUCAUUAUUCCACAUUUAGUCGGUCUUAACAGAACCAGACUGUCCAUUCCAGUGUCCUGGCUGCCCCGUGUGUAUCCCAUUGUUGUGCUGAAUGUUCUAGUGAAGCCUCAUGUUCUGAGCAGCUGCUGUUACACCACAAAGAGAUUCAACUCUAUCCAAUCAAUGCAGGUUUAUAUGUAGGGAUGCACUCAAUUCGGGAUUUGGCCAGGAUUCUGCCUUUUUCAGCAGGAUUCAGAUUCGGCCGCAUCCUUCUGCCUGGCCAAAACGAAUCAGAAUUUGCAUAUGCAAAUUAGGGACGGUGAGGGAGUAAGUAAGUAAAAAAUGCUUUCCCAUCCCUAAUUUGCACAUGCAAAUUCGGAUUCAAUAUUCAGCCGAAUCUUUUGCAAAGGAUUUGGCCGAAUCCAAAUUAGUGGAUUGGGUGCAUCGCUAGUUACAUGGCUCCCCUUGCAAUGGCAGCAGACUGUGUGAUACAUUACUGUGAGAAAAAGGGAACAUUCCUUCCACUGUAGACCCAGUAAAUAUCUCCUGUAUGUGUGUGUGACUGAGCGCAGGCACUGGGAGAAUCACUGAACUACAUCUAGAUGCUGCCCAACCUGAUCCUAUACACAAUCUAUCCCUACGCUGUGUCCUUUUGCCCGACUGGGCCCAUUGGCAUUCAAUAAACACCUCCAUUCACACACCAGCAUGUACAAAGCUAUUUUCAUUAUAAUUAGCAAAUCUACAUAAUGUGAGAUUGGCAAAUGUACUUGCUUAGUGUUCUUAUUUGGCACUGAAUGGAAGAGAAGCAUAUUCUGUAAUCACGGGCAUUGGCUUCUCUUUCAGUCUCUCUGGUUUAGGAGUCUAUAGUGCAAACUGAAUAUGACGGUAAAUUUUACUCAUCACCUGAAAAGAUCGGCUUGUGUUUUCUGUGCCCACUGUGAUUGGGAUGGGGGUGACUAACUGCACUCACAACACUAGGACAGUACUAAUAAUGAUUUCAUGUCUAAGCAGAUUCUGCCUGUGGUUGUGUGAAAGGGUUAAACCUCACGGGUAUUUUUCUUCUACAGUGUUUACAUUCCCUACACCGCACCAUUCACUCUGGGGCCCUGGAAAAUCCACUGCAGGGAUAGUAAGGAAUGUGGAAGGAGUGUUGAGAUAAAAGUAAACACAAGGGGGCAGUAUUUCAUGGCAGAACAUACAGCAGCUAUUGCUUUAUUCAGCUAACCUGCUCUAUGGACCCUCAGUCAUGUGUGCAUCGUGUUUGUGGCUUUUAUCUCUUUAUUCCUGUGUACUGUAACCACAAAUCUGUACUUUUGCGGGGGGACGGUAGCGUAUCAGUGUGAAGGCUCUGUGACUCUUCUGAUUUUACUGAACUACUAAUCCCAGCAGUCCCACAGAUCCUGCUGUUGGUACAGUAUGAAAAUGUACAGCAGAGAGCAAUGGGGUUGCCUUUUCACUGCUAAAUUAGGAAAUAUGGGAGCUAUGGGAUGUGCUUGCAGGACAGCAAGACAUUCUUCCACCCUGCACCCCACAAUCUCUGCCCCCUGCACCCCACAAUCUCUGCCCCCAUGCAGCCCAGAAUCUUAACCCCUGCAACCCACAAUCUCUGCCCCCUGCAGUCCUGAAUCUCUGCCGGUGCACCCCAGAAUCUCUGCCCCCUGCAGACCAGAAUCUUAACCCCUGCAUCCCUGAAUCUCUGCCAGUGCACCCCAGAAUCUUAACCCCUGCGGACCAUAAUCUCUGCACCCCAGAAUCUCUGCUCCCUGCAGACCAGAAUCUCUGCACCCCAGAAUCUCUGCCCCUGCAGACCAUAAUCUCUGCACCCCAGAAUUUCUGCCCCUGCACCCCAGAAUUUCUGCCCCCUGCAGACCAGAAUCUCUGCACCCCAGAAUUUCUGCCCCUGCACCCCAGAAUUUCUGCCCCUGCACCCCAGAAUUUCUGCCCCCUGCAGACCAGAAUCUCUGCACCCCAGAAUCUCUGCCCCCUGCAGACCAGAAUCUCUGCCCCCUGCAGACCAGAAUCUCUGCACCCCAGAAUUUCUGCCCCCUGCAGACCAGAAUCUCUGCACCCCAGAAUUUCUGCCCCCUGCAGACCAGAAUCUCUGCACCCCAGAAUUUCUGCCCCUGCAGUCAAUAAUCUUUGCCCCCUGCACCCCAGAAUCUCUGUCCCAUGUAGCAGGCCUGCAUUUUGAAUGAUCUGGAGUAAAUGCUAUUAAAUUCACUGUAAUGUCCCUUCUAUCCCUUAUAGAUACAUUUUGUCACCCUGUACUAAGUGUUGUAAAAUUCUCAAGAUGAAAUUUAAAAAAAGAAAACAAAUCGACAUGUUUAGACCCUUGGAGUGUGUGAAACAUUGCGCAGCCGCGUGUAUAGAAGAUGAAUUUGUCUAUUUAUUUACUGUGUCCGGUUCCAGUCUCGGCGCUUUACCUGCAUUUCUUGUUUUCUCUAAUCGUCUGGUGUUCACUGUAUCUUUCCUUCUGCUCCUCGCCUGUGUGCAAUGAAGGAAAACAAAGAAAAGCACUCGGAUUUCAUGACUUGAAGUAAAUGUAAAGUUGUUCAAUUCUUGAGAAUAAAAUAUGACUUUAAAUUUCA